GCGGCUGGCUAAAGAGCGACUGGGCGGCGACGGGCGCGGAGCUGCCAGGCGGGAGCGGCGUAGGCGCGGGGUCGCCGGCCAGCGUGAACCGGGACAUGGAGCCGCCCGGCGGGAGCCUGGGGCCGGGCCGCGGGACCCGGGACAAGAAGAAGGGCCGGAGCCCAGAUGAGCUGCCCUCGGCGGGCGGCGACGGCGGCAAAUCUAAGAAAUUUACUCUGAAGCGGCUCAUGGCAGAUGAGCUGGAGAGAUUUACCAGCAUGAGAAUUAAGAAGGAGAAGGAAAAGCCCAAUUCUGCUCAUAGAAAUUCUUCUGCAUCAUAUGGGGAUGAUCCCACAGCACAGUCAUUGCAAGAUGUUUCAGAUGAACAAGUGCUGGUUCUCUUUGAACAGAUGCUGCUGGAUAUGAACCUGAAUGAGGAGAAACAGCAACCUUUGAGGGAGAAGGACAUCAUCAUCAAGAGGGAGAUGGUGUCCCAAUACUUGUACACCUCCAAGGCUGGCAUGAGCCAGAAGGAGAGCUCUAAGUCUGCCAUGAUGUAUAUUCAGGAGUUGAGGUCAGGCUUGCGGGAUAUGCCUCUGCUCAGCUGCCUGGAGUCCCUUCGUGUGUCUCUCAACAACAACCCUGUCAGUUGGGUGCAAACAUUUGGUGCUGAAGGCUUGGCCUCCUUAUUGGACAUUCUUAAACGACUUCAUGAUGAGAAAGAAGAGACUGCUGGGAGUUACGAUAGCCGGAACAAGCAUGAGAUCAUUCGCUGCUUGAAAGCUUUUAUGAACAACAAGUUUGGAAUCAAGACCAUGUUGGAGACAGAAGAAGGAAUCCUACUGCUGGUCAGAGCCAUGGAUCCUGCUGUUCCCAACAUGAUGAUUGAUGCAGCUAAGCUGCUUUCUGCUCUUUGUAUUCUACCGCAGCCAGAGGACAUGAAUGAAAGGGUUUUGGAGGCAAUGACAGAAAGAGCUGAGAUGGAUGAAGUGGAACGUUUCCAGCCACUGCUGGAUGGAUUAAAAAGUGGAACCACUAUUGCACUGAAGGUUGGAUGCCUACAGCUGAUCAAUGCUCUCAUCACACCAGCGGAGGAACUUGACUUCCGAGUUCACAUCAGAAGUGAACUGAUGCGUUUGGGGCUACAUCAGGUGUUGCAGGACCUUCGAGAGAUUGAAAAUGAAGAUAUGAGAGUGCAACUAAAUGUGUUUGAUGAACAAGGGGAAGAGGAUUCCUAUGACCUGAAGGGACGGCUGGAUGACAUUCGCAUGGAGAUGGAUGACUUUAAUGAAGUCUUUCAGAUUCUCUUAAACACAGUGAAGGAUUCAAAGGCAGAGCCACACUUCCUUUCCAUCCUGCAGCACUUACUCUUGGUCCGAAAUGACUAUGAGGCCAGACCUCAGUACUAUAAGUUGAUUGAAGAAUGUAUUUCCCAGAUAGUUCUGCACAAGAACGGGGCUGAUCCUGACUUCAGGUGCCGGCACCUCCAGAUUGAGAUUGAGGGAUUAAUUGAUCAAAUGAUUGAUAAGACAAAGGUGGAGAAAUCUGAAGCCAAAGCUGCAGAGCUGGAAAAGAAGUUGGACUUAGAGUUAACAGCCCGACAUGAGCUACAGGUGGAAAUGAAAAAGAUGGAAAGUGACUUUGAGCAGAAGCUUCAAGAUCUUCAGGGAGAAAAAGAUGCACUGCAUUCUGAAAAGCAGCAAAUUGCCACAGAGAAACAGGAUCUGGAAGCAGAGGUGUCCCAGCUCACAGGAGAGGUUGCCAAGCUGACAAAGGAACUGGAAGAUGCCAAGAAAGAAAUGGCUUCCCUCUCUGCGGCAGCUAUUACUGUACCUCCUUCUGUUCCUAGUCGUGCUCCUGUUCCCGCUGCCCCUCCUUUACCUGGUGACUCUGGCACUAUUAUUCCACCACCACCUGCUCCUGGGGAUAGUACCACUCCUCCUCCUCCUCCUCCUCCUCCUCCUCCACCUCCACCUCCACCUCCUCCACCUCCUUUGCCCGGGGGUGUUUGCAUCUCCUCACCCCCUUCUUUACCUGGAGGCACUGCUAUCUCUCCACCCCCUCCUUUGUCUGGGGAUGCUACCAUCCCUCCACCCCCUCCUUUGCCUGAGGGUGUUGGCAUCCCUUCACCCUCUUCUUUGCCUGGAGGUACUGCCAUCCCCCCACCUCCUCCUUUGCCUGGGAGUGCUAGAAUCCCCCCACCACCACCUCCUUUGCCUGGGAGUGCUGGAAUCCCCCCCCCACCUCCUCCCUUGCCUGGAGAAGCAGGAAUGCCACCUCCUCCUCCCCCUCUUCCUGGUGGUCCUGGAAUCCCUCCACCUCCUCCAUUUCCCGGAGGCCCUGGCAUUCCUCCACCUCCACCCGGAAUGGGUAUGCCUCCACCUCCCCCAUUUGGAUUUGGAGUUCCUGCAGCCCCAGUUCUGCCGUUUGGAUUAACCCCCAAAAAGCUUUAUAAGCCAGAGGUGCAGCUCCGGAGGCCAAACUGGUCCAAGCUUGUGGCUGAGGACCUCUCCCAGGACUGCUUCUGGACAAAGGUGAAGGAGGACCGCUUUGAGAACAAUGAACUUUUCGCCAAACUUACCCUUACCUUCUCUGCCCAGACCAAGACUUCCAAAGCCAAGAAGGAUCAAGAAGGUGGAGAAGAAAAGAAAUCUGUGCAAAAGAAAAAAGUAAAAGAGUUAAAGGUGUUGGAUUCAAAGACAGCCCAGAAUCUCUCAAUCUUUUUGGGUUCCUUCCGCAUGCCCUAUCAAGAGAUUAAGAAUGUCAUCCUGGAGGUGAAUGAGGCUGUUCUGACUGAGUCUAUGAUCCAGAACCUCAUUAAGCAAAUGCCAGAGCCAGAGCAGUUAAAAAUGCUUUCUGAACUGAAGGAUGAAUAUGAUGACCUGGCUGAGUCAGAGCAGUUUGGCGUGGUGAUGGGCACUGUGCCCCGACUGCGGCCUCGCCUCAAUGCCAUUCUCUUCAAGCUACAAUUCAGCGAGCAAGUGGAGAAUAUCAAGCCAGAGAUUGUGUCUGUCACUGCUGCAUGUGAGGAGUUACGUAAGAGUGAGAGCUUUUCCAGUCUCCUAGAGAUUACCUUGCUUGUUGGAAAUUACAUGAAUGCUGGCUCCAGAAAUGCUGGUGCUUUUGGCUUCAAUAUCAGCUUCCUCUGUAAGCUUCGAGACACCAAGUCCACAGAUCAGAAGAUGACGUUGUUACACUUCUUGGCUGAGUUGUGUGAGAAUGACUAUCCCGAUGUCCUCAAGUUUCCAGACGAGCUUGCCCAUGUGGAGAAAGCCAGCCGAGUUUCUGCUGAAAACUUGCAAAAGAACCUAGAUCAGAUGAAGAAACAAAUUUCUGAUGUGGAACGUGAUGUUCAGAAUUUCCCAGCUGCCACAGAUGAAAAAGACAAGUUUGUUGAAAAAAUGACCAGCUUUGUGAAGGAUGCACAGGAACAGUAUAACAAGCUGCGGAUGAUGCAUUCUAACAUGGAGACCCUCUAUAAGGAGCUGGGCGAGUACUUCCUCUUUGACCCCAAGAAGUUGUCUGUUGAAGAAUUUUUCAUGGAUCUUCACAAUUUUCGGAAUAUGUUUUUGCAAGCAGUCAAGGAGAACCAGAAGCGGCGGGAGACAGAAGAAAAGAUGAGGCGAGCAAAACUAGCCAAGGAGAAGGCAGAGAAGGAGCGGCUAGAGAAGCAGCAGAAGAGAGAGCAACUCAUAGACAUGAAUGCAGAGGGCGAUGAGACAGGUGUGAUGGACAGUCUUCUAGAAGCCCUGCAGUCAGGGGCAGCAUUCCGACGGAAGAGAGGGCCCCGUCAAGACAACCUCUUGUGCCCCUGGGAAGUAGAGGAGGAGGAGGAGACCUUUAAAUUGCCAACAGGAAGGCCGGGUGUGCAGUCACAUCUCUGCUAGCUUCGGAGCUGACCAAGGAUGAUGCCAUGGCUGCUGUUCCUGCCAAGGUGUCCAAGAACAGUGAGACAUUCCCCACAAUCCUUGAGGAAGCCAAGGAGUUGGUUGGCCGUGCAAGCUAAUGUGGGUCCUGUGACCGCGGCAGCUCCUCAGCGGAGCCGCAGACUGUCCUGCCCUGCAGCAUGUGCCUAAAGGCUCAAGGGGAUAUUCCUCUGGGGUGGCCACUCCCACCACCCUGACCCUGUCUUUCUCUCUGGCCUGCUGCUCUCUCAACAUCACAUACAGCUUCAGCUGCCUGGAGGCCAGAAGGAAAGGGCAGUGCAGGGGAGGCCUGAGCCCAACUUAGCCAGCCCUGGCUGUUGUAUUACCAAAGCAGGGUCCAUGUUUGCUGCCUUAACCCUGUCUCCUCUCUGUUACUCAGAGGGCCUCAUCUCAGACAAGGCCCAGCCUGCUUUUUCUCAGCCCUGACUUUCUAAUGGGCUUUCCCCCCUAGGUCAAUCUUGCUGGAUUUGUGCUUUUCUUUUGUGGUUUCUCUGGCCCUGAGAAUAGCAUGGGGCUUGUAAACCUUUGGGCUAGAUCCCUCCUUUCAUUGCUGUUGUCUCUGCUCUUCCCUCUCCUGGCUGUGGUUAUUUAUUAUUAGUGGUGUGGCACUGGGAGCUGCUCCUAAGGAAGCAGGGAGCAAAUCCCACCUUUACCCCACCUUCCCGGGAAAGGCCUCCAAAGCAAAGGAUCUGGACCACUUUCCCUGCUGUGCUGUGGCCCAGGCCAGAGCUUGUGGGCAGGCAGGCAGGGCAUAGCGACAGUGUGGGACCUGCCCCCAGCUUCUGCCACGCUUUAUGCCCUUGCCUCUCUGGACGCUCUGCACCAACCCCAGGCUACUGAGCCACCUUCCCUCCUCAUGCCUUCCCUGAGCUUUGGUGCAUCUCAUCUGGACUAUGGGUUGUACUGUGACCAUCCCAACACCUCACCCUCUGUCUACAAGGAAAUGGGAGGUGGAGCCUCCUGGCUGAGAAAUUGUUUUGCAAAUGGAUCUAUUUUUGUAUGAAAAAAAAAAUUUUUUUUAAAGAAAACUGUUCCUUCCCCCUUUCCCCUCCAUAAUGUAAGAAGCUUUGGUGGCAGGUUACAGAGUUCUGGGAUUUCUUCUCACAGGCCCAAUCCUGAAUGUGCCCCUGGACCUUCUGGACCCUUGAGUCCAAGGCAGAUCCUCUCUCCCAGGGAAUCCAACACAGGAGGAACCCCUUCUCUGGUUGAGCUGGGCCAGGCCUAAGAGUAGCGGGAACUCUAAGACCACAGAGUUUUUUAUAAAUGUAUAAAUGUAUCAAGCCAAAUGUGCAGAUGCUAACUGGACAUUCUGGGGAACUGGGCACCAGGAGUGCCUUCAUACACUGUACCCCAGCUCUCUUCUAAAAGAGAAGUGGGUGGGCACACUGAACUGUUUGGUGGUCCCAACCACAGGAAGCUCCAAUUCUCUGGCUUAGGGUGAUACUUUUGCCCUCCUUGUGCCCCUCUCAGCUUUCCAUCCCCAACUAGGAAGAAAGAAUGGCACUCUUGGGCUUGGCCCAGAAUUAGAGUUAUUAGAGCAAGAGAGAGCUUAGGAAGCAUGAGGGCAACUAUAGUGAGGCCUUACUGCCAGGAGGGAGGGUUUUGGUUGCUGGCGCUUGUGUAUAAAGGGGCAAGAGCAGCUCCUUUGGACUAUUCCUGGGAGGACUCUGAUGCAGGGCGUCUGUUGCUCCCCUGGGUCACCUCCUCCCCGCUCGCUGACAUCUGGGGCUUUGACCCUUUCUUUUUUAAUCUACUUUUGCUAAGAUGCAUUUAAUAAAAAAAAAAAGAGAGAGAGAGAGAGGUGUGGGGGACAAAAUGCAAACCUGUUUCCCUUGCCUCAUAGGCUUCUGGGAUGUCAUCACCUCCAGUUUGUUGGUUUUGUUUCCAACUGUUAAUAAAGCAUUGAAACAGUA